AUGUCAAGUGUACAAGAACAGUAUAACGAUGUUAUGAGUAGUGAGGAUGACGAUGUUGAAAUGGUAGAUUCUGAGAAUGUCUCUGCAACUGUUGGUUGUGCACCUACAGCUAUUUCAAUUGGAAAGAAAGGAAACAAUUCAAAGAAAUCUCGACUUAGAUCUGAUGUUUGGGACUUUUUUGACCGCGUUAAAGAGAAAGAUGGAACAGAGAAGGGAGUGUGUAAGGCUUGUAAAUUUGGAUAUAAAUAUGAAAGCAGCAAAGGCGGAACCUCAUCUAUGAGAAGGCAUGUGUGUCCUCAGCGUCAGUCUAAGGACAUAGGGCAGAUGAUGUUAUCUGCAAAGAACGGCCAGCUGUCUACCCGCGUACGCAAAUUUGAUCAAAUGAAGUUCCGGGAUCUUCUUUCAACAUUACUCAUUGCAAGAAACGUCCCAUUUUCGUUGGUGGAAUGGAAAGAAUUUAGGGAUAUAUGUAGGAUGUGUCUAACAUCUGACAUGUGGACUUCUGUUACGACUACAGGGUAUAUAAGCUUAACUGUGCACUAUCUUGAUCAAAAUUGGGAGUUAAAGAAGUAUCUUCUGAAUUUUUGUGAACUUCCACCACCUCAUACAGCUCUUAUCGUAAAAGAUGGACUUGUGAAGAUUGAUCCAGCUGUGCUUAAGAUAAGAAAGUCUGUGAAGUCCCUUAAAAAGUCUCAAGUAAGAAAACAAAAAUUCUUGGACAUUGUUGAUGCUUUAGGAAUGUCUCUGGAACAAGAAGGGGUAUUCGUCAAGACGUGGAAUUCAACUUAUCUCAUGUUGGACAGCUGUCUUGUUUAUAGAGUUGUUUUUGCUCAUUUAAAGGAGGUGGAUCCAGACUAUGAAGACUGUCCAAUGAUGAAGAAUGGGAGAAAAUUGAAGUUGUCACAAAGAGUUUGUCGAGUUCAGGUGUUACUCAAAAAAGAAAGUACAAAUGAUAUUGAUUACAUUAGGGAGAUGGUAAAAGAGAUGCAAGAAAAAUUUAACAGUUAUUGGACGAACUUGAGUCCUAUAUUGGCUAUUGCACUUGUGUUAGAUCCUAGAUAUAAACUUCAUUAUCUGAACUUUGCUUACUCCAAGUUGUAUCCUGAUGUAAGAGUACUAGAAAGAAAAGUUAAUGAUGUGCGUGAUGAAAUGAAAAAACUUUAUAAUGAGUAUUGCAUCUUUUCAAGAGCUUCUGGAAUUGGAACUCAGAAUUUGGGUACUCAAACCGAUGGGAAUUCUGCCCAUCAAGGAAUUAUUGUACUUUAUGUUCUUAUAGAAGAUAACUAG